AUGGAAGAACUACCCACACUAAGACAUGGGCCCAAGAGACCUCACAAGAAGGUUCGUACGGGAUGUGGUCCAUGCAAGAGGAGAAAAGUCAAGUGUGACGAACAAAGGCCGAAAUGUACACAAUGCACCAGGCAGGAUACUCAAUGCGACAUAACUUCGAGUAAUCAAAUGGAACCCCCCGCGCCAAGCCCUUCUUUUAGUCAGAUUCGAGUCGACGAGUCAAUGAGUUUGAACAUGCUUGAUCUGGAACUUAUUCAUCAUUGGACUUCGUCAACAUAUGACUCGCUGACAAGUAGCCCAUUGCUGCGAACCUUCUGGCUUAGGAACGCAGUAAAGGUCGGGUUUCGUUGCGGCUUUGUCAUGCGAACAAUACUGGCCCUCUCUGCUGUUCAUCUGGGCACUCUCAAUCCGGAACGAGGCGACGCACUCCUCCAGCACGCACUUGUCCAUCACAAUCUGGCAGCGUUGAGGGCUCAUGAGUCCAUAUGUCAUGGUAGUGAUACAGAGGACGUCGAAACGUACGAGAAUCAUUUUCUGUUUUCGGUUCUCAUGAUGUUCUUCAUCAUCUCUCAGACCGACAAUCCCCAAGACGCCUUUUUUGGCCGCACAGAACGAACGAAAAGUGACAAGUUGGACUGGAUGGUCUUCUUCAGAGGCUCUCGUUACUUCGCAUUAGCAUCCGAGUCACUCCACUACAGCAACAGUCUCACGCAUCCUAUCAUCAACCAUAUGAUGGAGAUGUACUAUUACCGAGAAAAGGUCUCCAAACGCCCUCACUUACCCACCCUUCUGGACCGGGUGGGCCAUAUUGGAGAUGAUUGCCCAUCUUCGGAACGAGCAGUUUAUAUGCACGCAGCCCAAGAGCUCGACACGACAUUUGCAGUCCUUUCCGAGUUCGAAGAAACAAGGGACAUGCUUCACGCGUUCUUCUGGAUCAGCAAUGUUUCCGACCACAGGGGAGAUUUGAUCGCCCUUCUCCAAGGGCCAACGCCGCCACAAGAGGCCCUGGCUAUCUUUACAUGUUUUUGCAUGCUCCCACAACGCCUGUCUGCACGGUGGUGGUCAGAUAGAUGGGUGGAAGGUCUGAAGAAUGGUAAAUUUGACUUCCUCGAUGAGGAGCACAGAACCUGGGUUGUUGAGCCACCGGCGUGGGACGGCUAG